UUCAGAUGUAGCAACAGACUUCAGUGUGCUGACAACUACUGUGGAUCUAUCUGCACCAAACACAGAUUUUUCGUAUUCUUAAAAAAAAAAGAUCAGAAGAAAAUAGUGGAGAUGGAGCCAACUGAUGGUCCUUACGAGUACUACGACUACGAGGAGACAGAAAACUCCACCAUGUGUGACUAUUCUGAGUGGACACCGUCGUACUCCGUCAUCCCGGUGCUGUACAUGCUUAUUUUCAUCCUCGGCCUCUCUGGAAAUGGGGUGGUCAUCUUCACCGUGUGGAGAGCCCAGGGUAAGCGACGAGCUGCUGACGUCUACAUCGGCAACCUGGCCCUGGCUGACCUCACCUUCGUGGUCACUCUGCCUCUGUGGGCUGUUUACACAGCCAUGGGCUACCACUGGCCCUUCGGAGUGGCCCUGUGUAAGAUGAGCAGCUACGUGGUCCUGCUCAACAUGUAUGCCAGCGUCUUCUGCCUCACCUGCAUGAGCUUUGACCGCUACCUGGCCAUCGUCCAUUCCUUGUCCAGCACCCAGCUGCGCACCCGUGGCCACACGCAAGCCUGCCUGACAGCCAUCUGGCUGCUGUCUGGUCUCCUGGCUGCCCCGACUCUAAUCUUCCGCACUACCAAAUAUGAUCCAACCAGCAAUCGCACAUCCUGCGCCAUGGACUUCAGCCUGGUGGUGACGAACAAAGUGCAAGAGAACCUGUGGAUCGCUGGUCUCAGCAUCUCCUCCUCGGCUUUGGGCUUUCUCCUACCUUUCUUGGCGAUGAUGGUGUGCUACGGCUUCAUCGGCUGCACCGUCACCCGCCACUUCAACACUCUGCGCAAAGAGGACCAGCGUAAGAGGAGGCUGCUGAAAAUCAUCACCACGCUGGUAGUGGUGUUCGCCGCCUGCUGGAUGCCCUUCCACGUCGUGAAGAGUGCUGACGCCCUCUCCUACCUGGACCUGUUUCCUGCCACCUGUGCCUUCCUGCGCUUCCUGCUGCUGGCUCACCCGUACGCCACCUGCCUGGCCUACGUCAACAGCUGCCUCAACCCAUUUCUUUAUGCCUUCUUCGACCUGCGCUUCAGAUCCCAGUGUCUGUGCCUACUCAACUUGAAGAAGUCCUUACAUGCAAGCCCUGCCAGCUCCCUGUCUUCUCAGAAGACAGAGGCUCAGUCUCUGGCCACGAAGGUGUGACGACAGCUGAGGACCCAGAUGUAUGCUGGGGUAAGAGGUGAACAAUGCAGGACAAUGCAGGUAAAUCAGAACUUUACGGCACUGGGUGCUUGUUCACAGAUUGUCUGCGGUCAAGGCGUCACCUUUGCUCCUCUCUGACUCUGUGGACUGCCGUAGGCGUUUGCCUGAAGACGACAGUCAGACUUGUGGUUUUGGGGUCUGACCAGAUUCAAACUCCAGCCUCACUUUCAGUAGCAGGGCAGCAAAACUGAACUACUUAAUACAAGGGACCAAGUAUGAGCCAAACAUAUUUUUUGAAAAAAGUGGAAUGUAUUUUUAAAAGGACCACAAGCUCAUGUGUUUCUCUUGGUUGUCCUGUGGGCUUUAUGCAAAACACUGAGCUUUGAACUCUGAAACCGUGUCCUCAAGUCCUGGUGAAGUGUAUUACUCAUGCAUUUGCCACUGCUGUUCUUGUUUUCAUUUGUAAGCACUUGAGGUGUGAUUUCUAUCAGACUACCCCACUCUCCAGCUCAGUCUGUAGUAUCUGCAGUCAGCAGUGUAAUGUGUGUAUGUGUGUGUGUGUGUGUGUGUGUGUGUGUGUGUAGGAAGUGUGUGUGUGCCAGUCAGUAAGAGGUGUUGGAGUCUGAUAAGAGUGCUGUAAGGAGAGACGGAGAUAGUUGGGGUGGGGGGUGGGGGUGUGCCCACACAGACAGACAGAUGGCAGCUGACAAAUGUUUCCAGGCUGGUGGAGGGCCCAAUUAAAAGGUGACUGCUUUGACAGUCUGCUGGUGUGUGUGUCUGUGUGUGAAGGAAUGAGUUUGCGCAUGUUUGUUGAGUGUGAGAAUGACAAUGAAUUUGUUCCUGACAAAUACGUGAAAGCAUUUUGUGAAUACACAUUAUUUUGAAUUCAUGUUUAUGAUUUGUAAUUAAAAAAAGGUGCUUUGUAAAAACUCAAA